AUGUAUGUGGUUAUGGAAUACUUUGAAGGUAAAUACCUGGAGAGGGUUAUCAGGGAGGUGCACUCUUUAAAGGAGAAAGAGACUAGGCCAAUAUUCAGUCAGUUGGUAUCUCCUGUGCACUUCCUGCACCAAAGAAGGAUUGCACACUGCGACAUUAAGUUAGAGAACAUCCUGCUGGGUGAAGGUGGCAAAGUAAAGCUUUGCAAUUUCGAGUUUGCCACUCAGAUUAUAGACAACCAGAUGCUGCAGGAUCUCUGGGGCUCCUUGCCAUAUUGGGCCCCAGAGAUCCUAGCAAGAAAACCAUACGAUGGUUUGGCAGGGGACAUGUGGAGCUUGGGCGUUGUUCUCUAUGCCAAGGUAACCGGACAUUUCCCCUAUGAAGAAUUCACCAUUGAAGCUAUGUACCACCAUAUCACCAACAUCAUGUGCCCCAUUCCAAAUCAUCUUACUAAACCCUGUUAUAUCAUCUUGGCAAGAUUGCUCACGGUUUAUGUCUGGUUCAGGCUUAUGUCAUCUCUGCUUGUCGAAAGACCAUGGCUGGGCCAUAUUGAGGAACAUAUAACACCUCCUGACAAGGAAAUCCUCCAUAAGGUCUUGGAGGUGAUGUGUAACACUGGCUAUACCUGCAAACAGGUUGUAUCAUCCCUAAAACAUCUACAGUCAAAUAACUUAACAGCAACCAUGAAUAUCAUAAAAUUCAAACUGAGCUCUGGGGAUAGCAGUCUGCAAAAUAUUAUCCCUGCAGUUGCUAGUAGCCUCCUUGACACCAUGAAGAGGAGACAUAGCGAGUCGGCUCUGCUGAUCAGAUACAGAAGCAAUGCAAGGCUACACACAUACAGCUGCCCAGAGGUGAUGCACUACUCAGCUAACAUGGUUCCAGAAAAAUAUUCAAUGACCAUCAACACCAUCAACCCCGCUGCAGGGGACAAUACAUUCAGCAUGAUUUCAGUGGAUAGCCUUUCUGAUAAAAAAGUCUCAGAAGAAGAUUUAUUGACCACCAACACCAUCAACCCCACUACAGGGGACAAUGCAUUCAAUGUGAAUUCAGUGGAUACUCUGUCAAAAAAGUUUCAGAAGAUUCAUUGA